CUCUGUUUCCUUCUUAUUUUCGUCUUCCUCUUGCCGACUUGAUCUCGAUGUUUACAAGCCAAGAUUCUAGCUUUUGACAGAAGCUUCAAACUCUCAACCUCUUUCAUUGUCUAUCAUAACCGAACUUGAUCUCGACGUUGUCAGAUAGAUAGAUAGAUAGAUAGAGAGAGAUGCCAUGAAGUUCAAGGGAGCUGUUUGCGGAAACAGACAAUGUCUACUACUGUAAAUUUUAACCUUCAUUUUUUUCGAUAAAACCCAUGGAUUACAUUUUCUUUUCUCUCAAAAUAUUCUUGAACCAAAUAAGGCCUUAAUCCCAUUCGUAUGUCAACCUUAUUUUAGUUGAAUUCACUAGUUCUAUUCUCAUUCAUUUGAAUUAAACUGGACGGUUCAAUCUUACACAUAAAAGGAGAGAAGUAGUGAACGUAAGUUUCGAUGGCGGAGACGCUUUCCUGUGCUCAUUGCGGCAAGCCAGCUCUUCUUCAAAUCACAAAAAUUUCUGAGCUAGGGUAUCAAAUUAUGGGCGCAAUUCGCAUAUGCCGGUGUCCCAAGUGCAUGGAGUUAAAGUUUCCUCGUGAAGCUGGUGCUUUCUGCACUCAGGAUUGUUUCAAGGCUUCUUGGAGCUCACACAAAUCAGUUCAUUUGAAGGCAACGUUUUCCUUACUUGGGACAGAUACUGCUGGCGAACAAAAUUCAGAUGUAGCUAAUGAGGGUUGGCUAUAUUGCUUGAGGAACGGACAGAGUCGAACACCAAAACGUCCUCAUUUUGUUUGGACAGGGACACUUAGACCAUAUCCCAUAUCUGUCAAGCGUAUUGUACCUGCUCACAUUGAUAAACCUGACUGGGCUGAUGAUGGAAUUCCAAGGGCUGAGCCAAAUAGUGAUUUGCAGCAUCAUGUUGAGAUCAAGACUCCAGAUCAAGUUGAGAGAAUGCGAGAAACUUGUCGAAUUGCGAGGGAGGUUUUGGAUGCAGCAGCUCGGAUGAUCUGUCCUGGUGUAACGACAGAUGAAAUUGAUCGAGUGGUUCAUGAAGCAACUAUUGCUGCAGGAGGAUAUCCAUCCCCUCUCAAUUAUCAUUUCUACCCAAAGUCUUGCUGCACGUCAGUUAAUGAAGUAAUAUGCCAUGGAAUUCCUGAUGCAAGGAAAUUGGAGGAUGGUGAUAUUGUAAAUGUUGAUGUGACUGUUUACUAUAAAGGUGUUCAUGGUGAUUUAAAUGAAACAUAUUUUGUGGGAAAUGUAGAUGAAGCAUCUCGUAAGCUGGUACAGUGUACAUAUGAGUGCUUAGAUAAAGCAAUAUCUAGUGUUAAACCUGGAGUGAGAUUUCGUGACAUUGGAGAAGUGAUUAACCGCCAUGCUUCAAUGUCGGGGUUAUCUGUGGUGAAAUCAUAUUGCGGCCAUGGUAUUGGAGAGCUCUUCCACUGUGCCCCAAAUAUUCCCCAUUAUGGAAGAAAUAAGGCAGUUGGGGUGAUGAAGGCUGGACAGACUUUCACUAUUGAACCAAUGAUUAAUGCAGGGGUUUGGCAUGAUCAAAUGUGGCCUGAUGGAUGGACUGCUGUUACUGCAGAUGGGAAACGCAGUGCUCAGUUUGAGCACACUCUUUUGGUAACAGAAACUGGGGUCGAGGUUCUUACGGCCCGGCUUCCUUCAUCCCCUAAUGUGUUUCCUUGGCUUAACAAGUAAUCAGUCACAUGAUCACAUAAAUAACGGACCCAAAGAUAAGUUAUCCAUACAUUAGUGUACUGAUGGCAAUAGAUUAUAAAGUACCAUUGACACUUUUUGCCGGAUGAGAGUCUCAUGUGCACGUUAUUUGGGGGAGGGGGAAUGAUACACUUUUUCAUUUAUCUAGUAGCGUGUGAUGAUGUAAAAAUAAUUUUCUUCCCCUAUGUUUCUUUUGUACAAGAAUAAUCAUAAUCUGGUUUGUACCUUGACCAAGAAAGUGUCAAAUUAUUACUGUUUGUAGACCAUAAUAAAUCGUUCAUUUUUUUAACAUGCAAUUAAGCCAUCCUGGUUUUGAAGGAA